AUCCCUCCCUCCCUCCUUCCCUCCCGGAACGCGCAGAAGGAUCUCAAGGCGCACACAUCUGCUGAGUGGAGCGUACGUCCAGUCCGACCUCAGCUCCGACUUUAGGUGACUUUCCUGUGUGAAACCGGUUCUUUGAAGGACUACACAUUUUUCGAGCUUCUCUGUUUGAACGCAAGCGAAGCAAACAGAGUCCACGUCUUCUUCAAAUGGGAAUUACAUGCGCGCGUAAAACUUUGGCACACUAUUUCGCUCGGUGAAUUUCGGAGCCCCUUUCUUUCUAGAAUCAUGCCGGAGCGAAUAAGUAUUUCGGAUUUUGUCGAGCUGACAAACGAGGAUUUGUCUUCGCCCGGGACUUCCAGCUUCCAGUCCAAGAUGAGCGACUGCAAGAACACCGUGUCAGCCGUGGAAGAGUGUCUGGAGAUGGACAACUCAACUCUGCACAGGAUGAAGAAGACGAUUAAAGCAAUACACACGUCUGGACUCGCACACGUGGAAAACAAAGAGCAGUACAUUGAGGUGAUGGAGAACUUGGGGAACAGCCACCUGAGUCAGGACAACAAUGAAAUCUCCACAGGCUUCCUGAACUUGGCCGUUUUCACCAGAGAGGUCACGUCCCUCUUCAAAAACCUGGUCCAAAACCUCAACAACAUCAUGGCGUUUCCUUUGGAAAAUGUGCUGAAGUCUGAACUCCGGGACGGCAGAUUAGAGCUGAAGAAACACAUGGAGAAGAGUUGGAAGGAUUAUGACAUAAAAUUAGGGAAGCUGGAGAAGGAACGAAGGGAGAAGACGCGGCAGCUGGGGGUGAGCAGGAGAGACGGAUCGGACGGAGGGGAGGACAUGGAGAGGGAGAGGAGGAUUUUCCAGCUGCAGAUGUGUGAGUAUCUGUUGAAGAUCCAAGAGCUGAAGGUGCGCCAGGGACCCGAUCUGCUCCAAAGCCUCAUCAAAUAUUUCCAGGCCCAGCUCAGUUUUUUUCAGGAUGGGCUGAAAGCUGCAGAGAAUCUCAUUCCAUUCAUUGAGAAACUUGCUUCUUCUAUUCACACGAUGCGACUGGAGCAGGACGAGGAGGUAAAAAAACUCCUCCAGCUGAGGGAUUCUCUCAGGUUACUUCUGCAGGUCGAGGGCAAAGAGGAGUAUCUGAACCGGAAGAAUUCUGGGAAUGGCUACAGCAUCCACCAGCCACAAGGAAACAAGAAAUAUGGGACUGAGAAAUCUGGCUUCCUACAAAAGAAGAGCGACGGGAUCAGGAAAGUUUGGCAGAGGAGGAAAUGUGGAGUCAAAUUUGGAUACUUGACUAUUUCCCACAGUACGAUCAAUCGACCUCCAGCCAAACUGAACCUUCUGACCUGUCAGGUGCGGCCCAACCCGGAGGACCGGAGGACAUUUGAUUUGGUUACUCAUAAUCGGACAUAUCACUUCCAAGCAGACGAUGAGCAGGAAUGUCUGAUCUGGGUGUCGGUGCUGCAGAACAGUAAGGAGCAGGCCCUGAACACGGCGCUGGGAGGAGACCAGCUCCACGUGCAGGACAGCGGCCUGCAGGAACUUUCCCAGUCCAUCAUUGCAGAUCUGCGACACAUGCCAGGAAAUGAGGCGUGUGCAGACUGCGGGGCGCCAGACCCAACAUGGCUGUCCACCAACCUGGGCAUCCUGACAUGCAUCGAAUGCUCUGGCAUCCACAGAGAUCUGGGCGUCCAUUACUCCAGGAUUCAGUCGCUCACUCUGGAUUUGCUCAGCACCUCAGAGUUACUGUUGGCCGUCAGCAUCGGCAACACCAGGUUUAAUGACAUCAUGGAGGCAGGGCUCCCCAACGACUCUGUCAAACCGUUACCACAGAGUGACAUGAAUGCCAGGAAGGAGUACAUAGUGGCAAAGUAUGCCGAACGUCGGUACGUCAUCCGCAGGGAAGAGUCGGAUCCGGGUCGCCUGUACGACGCGGUGAGGAGCCGGGACCUUGUUUCGCUUCUGCAGCUCUACGCCGAGGGAACAGACCUGGCCAAGCCAUUGGUGCUCCCUGAAGGACAGGGAGUCAGAGAAACGGCUCUUCACCUCUCCGUUCGUGUGGAGGAGAGAAGCUCUCUGGCGCUGGUGGACUUCCUCUGUCAGAACAGCAACUGUCUGGAGAAGAAAACAACAGAAGGGAACACGGCUCUGCACUACAGCGUCCUGCACCACAAUCCUGAAUCACUCAAGCUGCUUCUCAAAGCAAAGGCUUCUAUUCACGCAGUGAACUCAAGCGGAGAAACGGCUCUAGACAUCGCUAAGAGGCUGCAGCAAAGUCACUGCAUCGAGCUGUUGGAGCUGGCCCAAAGUGGGAAGUUCAACUCUCAGAUCCAUGUGGAGUACAUGUGGGAGAGUCAGUCUCAGGAGUUCUAUGACAGCGAGGAUGACCUGGAUGAGCGAGUGAGUCCGUUACCCAAAAACCGCUCUCCUCCAUCAAAUGGAGGUGGUGGAUCUGCCUUUGCCCAGUGGACAGCCAGCAAUGGCACAAGUCCAGGUGUCAGACCCUGUCAGACCUAUGAGAAUCUGGACUUCCUGUACAAGAAUCCUCCUGCCAACAGCGCCCCCCCUGGAGCAUCUCUGCCACCACCGCUGCCAGCCAAAUCAGUCCUAAGAGGGCGCUCAGACCCGCAGAUUUCAGUCACAACAGCCCAGGAUGGAGCCCACAUCCUGCGCCGCUGCUCCAACCCGUCGUCCCACUCUUCCAGUCCUCAGACUCAAACGAAACACGGCUCCUCUUCGUCAACUACAGAAACCCAGAGUCACAGCGGGAGAGCCCAACGGUCCUCACACGGACAAGGAGGUCUGCAAAGAUCGCACAGGCAGACCUGGGACGGCCAGACCACUCAAAGUGUCUCACAGGCGUCCAAUCAGAAUCACGGUGGGCCAGUCAGCUCAGAGAAGACCACCUCCUACCGGCGCACCAGCACCGGAGGCGGCAGCUUCGGAAAGGGCACCGUGGGCUCUCUGGCGCCGCCCUGCGUGGGCAGCCAGGAGGAGCUGUACUGCAGCCUGGUGGGGAACGGAAACGGCUCGGCUCCGUCUGCAGGGCCUUCGUCCUCCCCCACUGUGACUUGUGGCCCUCGCUCCCGCAGGAAUGCGAUGGUUUCGGUCAGCAGGCCACAGAAACGCGUAAAGGCUUUGGUGGACUGCCGAGCCGUCAGCGCCGAGCAGCUCGCCUUCUUCAAAGAUGAAGUCAUUGUGGUCACAGCCACUAAUGACCCCCACUGGUGGGUCGGCCAUAUUGAUGGUGACCCUUCCAGGAGUGGAACCUUUCCUGUCAACUAUGUGCACAAAGUAACAGAAUGAUGCUAGUUUGGACUUCAUCACCACAUGUGGGAAAGGAAAUGCUGUUCUAUUCAUGGAUCCAAGUAAUCUGGGAAUAUUUUCACAACAGGAUCUACUGACCAAAGGACAUCUGCACGACGAAAUCGUCUUUUUUAGGGACUAUUACUCAUCUCAGAAAGCAACGAAGAAACUGGAAACUUAUUUGUUGUCUUAAACUUGCAGGUGCAAAGAUAAAGCAAUGACUGUGAAUUGCUUUAAUGUUCUUUUAAAUAUUAAACAUUUGGGCUGCAGGUAUAUAAGCUGCCUGUAUUGAUAUAAGACUUGUGCAUACAGGCAAACUUUCCCUGCAGGACAAAAACCUCUUGAAGGCACUUUAAGUUUCAGAGGAAUCCUCUGAAGAGUUGGGAGAGCUGUAAAUGUUUAAUUAGCCAGCCGCUGAACUCAGAGUUAGCUGCUUUAUUUCCCUCUGAACGGAAAAUGACAAAGAUUUUAAAUCACAGGUUAAUGAGUCUUAUGAGGUUCAGACCCGCCCAGUAUCUGCCGCAGACUGGUCCGGAUCGUGCCUGCCAGUCUGUCUCCAGUAAAACGUCGAUAUGUCUGCGUAGCCCAGUGAGAGAUCUGAAACUUUGGCUGAGCCGCGGCGACUCCGGGCCCAGGCCGGCUGCAGACGGAGGCCAGGAUCCUGUUUCCCGCUGCCUCCAGGCGUCAGUCCCUGGAGAACCUGGAGUAACAGCAGCAUGCUGGAGGGAAAAAUAUAUAUAAGAAGUCCCUCUGUCCGUCCAGGAAAUGGCACUAAAAGUGGACUUGCUAAUAACUGUACCCCAGCACAGUAAUUUCUUAGAGUUUUUUUUCACAUUUUUCAUGCCACACAUGCACGCUUACACACGGAUCAGCUUCCAGGAGUCAGCAAGCUUUGUGAGAGAAAAGAUAUUUGUGAGCAAAUGAUACACAUUUCUUUUCUUUUGCACCAUUUCUUGUACAUAUUUGGUCAAACUUAACACAUAAAGUUGAUAUAAGACGAGGACAUCCAUCUUUACACCCUUGUGCCUCAGUGGGGUCGGGAGGGUUGCUGGUUCCUCUCCAGCUAACGUUCCGGGCGA